CCAACAGGGCGCGGGCAGAUCAAUCUCUCGUCUCGUCAACCUCCUGCUUCCCCUUCUUGCUUGCCGCUUGUUGCUGUCGUUGCCGUUGCCGUUGCUGUUGCUUUCUCGCCGUCCGCAGCCUUGCAACCUCGAUUGACGAGACAAGAACUUGACCGACAUUGGCUGAGCUGAGCUGAAGCGAAGCUUGCCCUGCCCCUACCCCCCGGAGACAAGCUGCGCUUUCGGCCCGCUGCCGUUCCCGGUCUCGUGCAUCUGUCUGCUACUCAUUGCCAUUCAGAAACGGCUUCUGUCGUUCAGCAGGUCGAACAGAAAGCAGAGACAGAGAGAGCAAGAGAGAGUUACCAGGCUACCCUUUGCCUGCCCUCCAUUCCACCCCCCUGGAAUUCAUUUUGUUUUUCUGGCCUCGCCCGCUUGCUUGCUUGCUGUACACGGACGACGUCAGUUCAGGACGUUGCAGCGCAGUCCUUCCAAACAGGAAACAGUGAGGGACACCACCAUCAAAAAAAAAAGAAAAAAAAAGGUUACCCUUACCUUACCUUCCCGUGGGUUUGCGGCGGCUGCGCACCGACGAGAUCACAGUUAUAAUGCCAGGCUUCGGUCGCAUUGGACGGCACCACAACCGCUCGCAGCAAGCACUUGUUGACCCCAGCGGAGAGGUUGCUGGACCAGCGGCUUCGCAUUCUACACCUGGGCCGCCUUCCGGGCCUGCUGCCGCCGGUCUUGGUGCUCCUCCUUCCUCCUCUACCUCACCUCAUCCUCACCUUCACUCCUCCUCCCUGGCUCCUGCCUCGAGUGCAAGCACAACCAACGCCGCCGGCGCUAAUAGCCAAAUUACCCCCCUUUCAGCCUCGUCCACCGCCUUCAGCUCCAGCGAAUCCUUUGACAUUCACCAAAACCAGCUGCCACAUCAACAGCAACAACAUCAGCACCAACCGCAGAUCCAACACCACCUACAGCAGCAACAACUGCCAAACAUUCCGCAGCAAGGGCAGCAAGGACCACCUCCACCGCCCCACGAUUACCCUCCUCCCACCUCGACCACCGCCGUCGCUGCUUCUGCUUCUGCCUCACGCAACUCCCUCCUCUUGCAACACCACAACCCGCCCAUUGCUGAUUUACGCCAAAGGAGUCUGCAGGAUUUCAGCGACUCCGUUUCCCGCUCACAGUCACAGCGCUACCCCCCCGGCGUGGCCCCUUACCCUAACAACAACCAAUUCAACCCUGCUGCGUCCAGCUCCGUCGACAAUCUGAGAGCGCCCGCCAACAACACCUCUGCUGCUCCAGUCCAUACUCAAGCGACGUCGCCUCUUGCUCAACCCCCUCCGGAGAAGCGAUCGGCACGGAGACUGCUCAAGAACAUCUUGGGCGGAUCAGGCCGCGAACAUCACAACACCCCGCCCCCCCAAUCUACCCCGCCAAGUUCCUACGAUAACACUGCCGGUCUCGCUCGCCGACCAUCCAAGAGAGUGAGCAACCCACCAUCAAGAACCGCUGUCUUGCCCCAGCAGCCUUCCCAACUGUCUUUGGAUCAACAGUCCGCCGACUGGCCACUCCCGGGACCUCAUCAACAGCCGUCCCCGCUGCAGGGCGUUGGCGAGACCAACCAGCACCACUUGACACAAGACCCUAACAGAGACCCCCGUACACAGAACCCCGAACCCAACCGCAACUCGAUUCGUUACGUGCCGACCGACUUCGAGAACACCCCCUACGAAGAGCCUGUCUACGGUGAUCAGCAGCCGCAGCAGGUGCCCGCUUUGCUAGAGCAGCACCAACUCGCCCAGCCGGCUGCUUACGACUCCUCGCAGCAGCAGUACCAACAGCAUCCCCAUCAGCAAGGUGCCCAGUACCAGGCCGGAUCGCCUGCCAUCUACACCAGCCACCUGGAUACUGGCUCGCAUCAAAACCCCGAGACCGUCUCUCAGUUGUCGCAUGAAUCACCUGUCACCGAUUCAGACGCUCGCUCGGCAAACGUUCAACCACAGACAACCCGCUGCCUCCAACGCUUCCCCCUUCCCAGCAAGGAACACCUCAGCCUCCACAGCAGAACAUGGCACCCCCCCCCCUCCGGUGGCCCUCCCCCGAACCGCCGGUCGCAAGAAACGGAGAAAGCACUGCGCAGUCAGGUCGACGCCCCUGCGGGUCCUCCCCCGGGCUACAGACAGAGCCAGACGAUGCCUCCCGCCGCUGGUGGCAAUGCCGCUGUCUUUCGGGCCGGUGGCGCUCAAGAAGCGCGCCAGUUUGAAGGAGUAGCAGGAGAGCAAGGCCGAAAUAGCCCCCAGCCUUCGAACCCCGAUCGUGAUGGCGCAGAUCCCGACAAGUUCAAGGAGCUCUUGACCAAGUAUAAGAAUGUGAAGCGCCUAUACUUUGACGGCAAGACGCAGAUCGACAACCUCAACUCCCAGAUCGAGCAACUGCAAAAUGCGGUUGCGAACCAGCGCAUGUCGCAGUCUCGCACCGCCCUCGACGACAGCGAGUACAUAACGAGAUUCAACCGUCUCAACGGGGCUAUCAACAACCUCUCAUUCAACAUUCGAAAGGACUGGCGCACGGUACCGCAGUGGCUGGACAUGUUUGUCAGCAUUGACGCGCUCAAGACUGGAAAGCAGGAGAUGACGGCCGUUGGCCGUGCAGUCAUCACGAGGUGGAUUGUAGAAGAGAUCUUCAACAAGUGCUUCCACCCUGGCCUCAACUUCGAGCUCAGCCGGCAUCUGAAGGAGAUCGAGCUCAACAUUCGGCGCUUCUCCUACACGAUGACUAGCCAAGAAGAGUUCGACGCCUUGACGAACAAGGUCGUCAGCUGGCGGAUGGCUACACUGGAAGGUCUCCAGAGGGUUCUCAACUCGCCGGAAAGUGCAGACAACAGAGCGGACUUCACUCGCAUGUGUACGUCGAACCUUACGGCGACGUUGUUCCAGUAUUUGGCCGACCCGCCGCCGCCCGGUGUGGACAGCAGCGCUUCUAUGAUAGUGGAGCUGGCGGUGGGUAUCGCGGCCAACCUUCCGCUUGAGAGCAGAGACGUCGCGAUCAACUACCCCUUACCUGGAGACCCGGUUCAGUUGAACCUGAUGGAAGUGGAGAAGACGCCGCUCCCACCCUUGGAUAUCCCCAAAGCUGAGGGCGAGGCGGAGGGUGACGAGGGAGACAAGGACAAGAACGGCAAAAACCAGCGGGCUGACAAGACCAAGAGCGGUAUGUUUACAACCAUACUCGGCGGCGGACCGCAUGCCAGCCGCAAGGGCAGCACUGCGUCAUCAAUCGUGCUCACAAGUACUGAUGCCGCCCCUCCUUCAGCUCUUCCACCCAAAGACAACAGCACUGUACGGCUUGCGGGCUUCCCCGUUGUGGAAGUCCGGGGCCGCCAGGUUCUGGUGAAGGCAACCGUGUGGACCAUUUGAGGGUGUUUAGGAUGACGAAUAGACAAGCAGAGAUUAUACGCCCCAGAGACUCUGUAUCAGUCAGUCCGUAUAGAGAAGAAGAGAUAUCCCGCAUGGUAGUACUGCAUUUAGGGGCUCGGGUGGCAAUAGCUAGGUGAGCGAACGGUCAAUUGGGAAGAAAGGGUGCUGGAAUCAAUCACCCGGACCGGAAAGGGGCGAUAUUCACGACUGAAGAUUAACAUUCAUACC